AUGAAUAAAUUAUAUCCAACAGAUAAAAUACAUCAUCAAUAUGUUGAAUAUCCUUAGCGUUGGUUACAAUUAGUCUUAUUUUUGUGUGCUUUGCUUUCAAACAUAAUGUUCGGAUUUUCGCUUUCUCCAAUAGUGAAGGAAAUGUCAUUAGUUUAUCAAGUUGAUAGUAGGUAAAAGAACAUUAAAUGAUGGAGAUAUUUACAAUUCUUGACAAUAAGUUUUACUGUUUUCUCUGUAAUAAUGAUAAUACCAGGAAAAAUAAUCAAUGAAAAAUAUGGAAUUCGAAUUAGUAUUAUCAUAGGUAUAAGUAAUUGAAGUAUUAAAGGUUGCUCAUUAACUUUUGUAGGUUCAAUUUUUGCAAUUUUCAUUAAUGUUUCUUUUUGGUUUUUCUUUAUUGGAUAAUUGAUCUCUUUAGUAGGAUUUCCUUUUAGAUUGAUAAGUGCAUCCAAAUUUGUUGCAAACUGGUUUUUUCCUGAAAAUAGAAUCCUUAUAAUGGUGAUAAUUGCAUUAGUUUUUAACGCAAGUUCAGGAAUAGCUAUUAGAAUACCAUUAAUUAUAUUAGGAGACUUUUAAAUUAAUGAUGAUCCCAGGGACGAAUAAAAAGAAUUAGGAAGAGCUUUAAUUGAAAGUUUAAUGUUUCUAUUAUUUGGAUUAAUGAUUUUAUUAUGUUUGCCACCAAUAUUUUUCUUUUUAAGUAAACCAAAAACUCCUCCUAGUUUUAGUGCUUCAGAUGUAAUAAUAUUUUUAAGUCUUUAGGAAUGCGUUAGAGAAGAUUAUCAUAAAGCCAGUAUAAUAGUAACUAAUAACCUUGAUUUUAUUUUAUUAACAAUUAGUUUUGCUUUUAUCUUGGGAACUAUUACAUUAUUUACUCUUUAAAUGAAAUAUUUUAUAUCACCAUUUAAUUAUACACUUAAAGAUUAAAGCAAUUUAGUUUUGGUAGGUGUUAUAGCUGGUUUGAUUGGAGAUGUUUGUGUAGGAACUGCAAUAAAGAAGACUUAAUCCUAUAAAAAAGUCUUAAGAAUUUGUAAUAUUUAGUUACGGUUUUAUUUGGAUUCUCAUACUAGCACUUCAUUUAAACAAAGUUUUUUUCUUUAUUGUUUAUUUUUUAAUGUGUGGAAGUUCUGCUAUUAUGGCUUUGACUUUUGAAAUUUCUUGUGAAUUAUGUUUUCCUCUCAGUGAAAAUACUACAAUUUCCAUGUUGGUUCUUUGGAAAUCUACUUAAUUUCUUACAAGGAAUACCUGAAAUUUUAGUUCUUAAGGUAUCUGAACAUAAAUAUUCAUAUAGGGAGAUAAUUAGUUAUGCUCUACUUUAGCAAUGAUAUUUAUGCUAAUCUUAAUUGGUAGCUCAAAUAUUUUGACUAUGAAAAUCAAUGAAAAUCUAAAGAGAUCAGAAUAAGAUAUUUAAUUGGAUGAUAGAAUUGAAAAGAAAAAUACCGAAGUCAGUUUAUUAGUAUAAUCAAAAUUUAAUAAUAAAAAUGAUGAUUAUUGA